AUGGCACCUCGACGUUACCCUGUUCGUAACGAAAACUACGGAAACCAUCGUCAUGGCAACCGUGAUAACGAAUUCCCACCUCCACCUCCACCAUUUAAUGAUGGAGUGAAUCUAGCCUUAGCUCAAUUUAUGGCUGAAACAACUAGGCAGUUUGCUGAAGUAGUGGCAAGAAUUCCACAACCUGCCGGUCGAGUGGCGCAGGUAGGUUGUUCUAUGCACGAUUUUGCUAGCCAGCAAUUUCGCCUAUUUGAUGGAAUGCAGGGACCGUUAGUUGCUGAAGCAUGGAUUACGGAUAUCGCGCUAUUGCAUGAGACCCUUGGCUGUACUGAUGAGCAAAAGGUUAAUUACACAAUACUAAGGUUAACCGAUGAAGCUGCAAGAUGGUGGAAGUCUAAGAAAGGACUCUUAGGAAUAGAGUUAGGAUAUGGAGUUGCUAUCCCUUGGGAUAGGUUUGUAGAGGCAUUCAAUGGGCGUUUCUUUCCAAGGGCACAAAGGCAGAUACGGGCCAUUGAAUUCCAGAAUCUGGUGCAAGGCACAAUGACGGUAGAGCAAUAUUCCUCGAGGUUUAUUGAACUAUCAAGGUUUGGCCUCAACUUAAUCCCGGAUGAAGAAACAAAGGCGGAACGUUUUGAAAAUGGCCUUAAUCCUCGUAUUAAGGAAAGAGUCAUGUGCCACGAGAUUAGAAACUUUGUUAAAUUAGUCGAUAUAGCAUCAGUUGCUGAAAGGGGAAUGCGUGAAUCAUCCGCCGCUUAUGAAUUGAAGAGGCGAGCAGCAUCGCAGGUGUCAUACCCAUUCAAACGACUUGCACUUAGUACUGGAAGCAGGCCAGUUGAGAAGAGGAAUUUCCCUCCUACAACAGGGAAUCAGGUGCCUUUAUGCCAGAGGUGCGGGAAGGUGCAUGCUGGAGAUUUAUAG